UUAGAUAUGCAGAAAAGAAAAGAGCAAGAGACCAAGGGACUGAAGACAAGGACAAAACCAUUCCUACAAUCAAAGAUAGUCUGCUGGACAUGCGUCCCAAAUCAAGAAAAAUGAGCAAAAAUCAGAAAAGGAAGGACCUGGACAAGGGACAGAUGGAAACUGAGGAGGGUUCAGAACGCAUCAUCUUGGAGAAGGAGGCUGCAGUAGUGUUGUCACAAACAGAGAAGUUGAGGAAAUGGAACAAAGAAUACACCUCAGAAUUUACUACCAUCACUCAAAUAGCUGCUGGCAAGGCUCCGAUGGUAACAGAAUCGGCCACAACAGCUCGGAGAACCUUGAGGAACAUUCGUCCUCUCAUCGUAGCCAGACAUGUGGCCAAAACGCAAAAGUGGCAGAUCACCACGGAUGUCUCCUUCAAAAUCCCCCACUUCGUGGAAGGGGUGAACGUUGUCAAGGUGCUUGGGACCCAAGUGACAACGGAAACCCCUCUGGCCAUCUUCGAGAUAGUAGCCCUGGAUGACAGCCGGAUAGACACCAACUUAGAUGAAGACUCGGAGAACUCACAGAGGAGCACGGGGGAAACAACCAGGAACUCCCCAAGGGCCUUUUCACCCCUGAUCGUUAAAAUGCCAGAAUCAACAAGAUUAAGUUCUGGGAUGAUUUGGAAACCUUGGAGGACAGUGGUUGAGGUCUCUUAUAGCAUCCUGGCAGAUAUGGGUAUGUCUGCUGAAUUGAUGGCCACAAUAGUCGCACAUAUCGCCUCUACGGGGUUGUUGGAAGGGGAUGAUGAUCUAGAUGCACGAGCUUACGCCACCGACUGUGAGAGGCUCUACAGGAGCGACGAGUCGGGCUGCGACUCAGGGGAUGAGGACGAUGAAAUAGAUAAGAUGGAGGGGCUCCAGGAACUGGAGGAAGACGACGGUGCAAACGAUGACCAAGUGGAAGCAGACUCAGGGGGAGUAAGUCGACCAUCUUCGUCAGGAGAAAAGGGGAUGGAGUCUGAUCAGGAGGCAGUCGAAGGAAGGGAGAACGAGGAAGGACCCCCCCUCCCCCCUUAGGUUUCUUAUGCAAAUAUACAUGAAUCAUGACACAAUGAUACAUCAGAAUGACACAUCAAUAGGCAUGGUAUCACACCAAGCUUAGUGUACAAUUACACCAAAAUAAGUGUGCAAGUCAAAGAAUGAUUGAAUUGAAAAAUAGCACGUUAAGCACUCCGCCACUCAUUCCACUACACCCCGUGGUCCGCCUGACACGUCCACUACCCGACUAGCGCUACCGAAUGAUAGCGCCCAGAGAGGACUAUCACAACACAACCAUUCUCUAUAUAUACCCGGUCAACCCAGCUGCUUGCCGAAGUAACCCGGCUACUUGCCGAAGUAACACACCGGUCCAUCACACCAGUCCCAGGGUCCAAAUGCCCGCAAGCCAAACGGCGUCGAGGUAACACCUCAGUCCAUCACACCAGUCCCAGGGUCCAAGUGUCCCGUAAACCAAACAGCGUCCACUAGGCAACAGGAUCAGCCAAAUUACAAGUCCUACCGUGGAAACCGGGUCAAAGGGGUACGUUUAUUCAGAGCCAAAACCAAAACAAAGCCAAAAACACGCC